GGGUAGGGCAGGCUCGUUACUGGUCGGGUAGGGCAGGCUCGUUACUGCCCUUUACUUCUUCCCACUCCUCACUCACUGCACUUUCACUCAGUAUUUUGUCCAUUUGCCAUUGCCAGAUUCGCUUGUUCUCUUCCAAUUUCUCAAGCACAGAGAAGAAGCGGAAUUCCCUCAUUGCCUCUAGUAAAUGGAAUGCUACGAAAGAAUAGAAAAACCAAAUACUUGCACCGGUCAACUACAGUUUUUAGCUAGAGAAUUGCUGUUAUACAUUUUCCAUAUAUUCAUCUACAUAUUUCUACAGUUGUCUCCGAGGAAGCUAAGGAGUAUGCUGUCGAGGACACAGAAAAGGAAAAAACCCCAGGCUGAAGAGCAGGAGGAAGAAGAAGACCCAGAGCUUGGUACCUCUCUGAGAUCCGAAUCUGAGAUCCAUGAUUCUGAAGUCAGUUCAGAGAUUUGCAAAGAUGUGGCAGUUGUAAGUGUGCUAAACGAGUGUUCAGCAGACUGGGGAUUUGGUUCUUCAAUGGUUAAGGAUAAUAGAUUGAAGGAUCAAUCACAAGCCACUUCCAUAUUUAGGUCUCAAGAUAUGAAUUUUGAGUUUCAGAAGGCAGAUCGGGCACAAAGAGUUCCUCCGGGUGUACCUUUCUCAAAACCUGCCCCGUCCAAAUGGGAUGAUGCUCAGAAGUGGAUAGCUAGCCCGACCUCCAACCGCCAGAGAACUCAAUGUGGGUUGGGGUCAAGAAAGUCAACCAAGCACGUCUCUGAUGUUUCUGAUCGGCGAACGGUUAUCUCUGAGGAACCUGCUGAUACUAAAUGGAUCGAUUCGAACCAGUUUAAGGACAAUGGGGUGCAAAAGUAUGUGAGCUGGGAAUCUGAAUCACAUCCGGUUGCUGAAUCAUAUGGAAAGGAGACACUUGUGAUUGAAAACUGUAUCAGAGAAUCAGCAAUCAAUCUGAGCCAGCAUGACUCGUGUGUUUCCGUCCAUAGUGAGACGGCAUUUGUGCCACUACCUUCAACAGCUAGGUCUGUGUCUAUGAGAGAUAUGGGCACAGAAAUGACUCCACUUGCAAGCCAAGAACCUUCCAGGACAGGAACACCUGUUAGAGCAACAACUCCAACUUGCAGUCCAACAUCAACUCCUCCAUGCUCUUCUGCUCUUCUUGACCACUCAAAUGAUCCUCACGCAAAGGAGCUGUUUGAAAAGGAAUUGCAGAUGAAAACUAGGAAAGAGAUCAUGGCUCUAGGAACUCAACUUGGUAAGAUGAAUAUUGCAGCCUGGGCUAGCAAUGAGGAGGGUGAUGAUAAAAACGAACCCACAGUUGGGGCAGAACAACCUGAUAUUGUCAUUAUGGCUCGAGCAGCAGCUUGGGAGGAGGCAGAGAAUGCAAAACACUUGGCCAGAUUCAAGCGAGAGGAAAUGAAGAUACAAGCAUGGGAGAAUCAUCAGAUAGCUAAGGCAGAGGCUGAGAUGAGAAAAAUCGAGAUGGAGGUGGAAAGGAUGAGGACAAGAUCCCAAGAUGAGGUAAUGAAGAAGCUAUCAUCAGUGAGGCGCAAAGCUGAGGAGAAGAGAGCUUCAGCUGAGGCUAAGAUGAAGGACCAUUCUUCAAAAGCAGAGAAACAAGCAGAAUAUAUACGCCGAACUGGACGCAUACCCUCCUCCUCCUCCUGUUGCUGCUUACGGUGGCGUUUCUUCUAACAUGUAAAAUUGGUAAAUCAAGCGCUUUAGAGUUUGAGUAUCUGCUCUCAAGUAUCAAAUCACUCCUGUAAACUUCACCUGAGAAGUGCUCAUAAAUUGCUGUCUGUUUGGUUCAACUAAGGAAAUGAAUCGGACUGUGAGUUUUAAUAGUGGAGGACGGAGGAAGAAUAGAGUAGAAGGGAGGAGACUAGCAGAUUGGUUUUCAUCAUAAACACGGUAGUACCUGUUUGGCAGGGAAGGAAAAGUAUUUGAACAAUUUAUUUAAUGAAAGAUGACUGAUUGUAACCACAGACAAUAAUCAUACAAUGAAUUUACAUGUUUGAAUGAUAAACGUACAAUGAAUAAUUGAAAUGUUCUUAUAACUAAGAGGCGUGAUCUGCG